GAAAUGUAUUAAAAUGCACUUUGCGCGUUGUCUGCUUUCGAGAUCGUCAAUAACAACGACGCCUAGGCAUGGCAUCGACCAACUCUGGAAAGGCGGUUAUUUGGAUCCUUAUACACCGUUCUCUACUAAAGAACGACUGUCUAAAUCGGGACUAAGUUGGCCAACAUUUCUGCUACGUCGAAAAAGUUUUGACGAUCUCCGUAGUCUAUACUUUGCUUGCUUGAAGGAAAAAAAUUUGUUACUGGGCGAAAGAUGGGCUUCUUACCAACAGGGGGCACGUGUGCCUCAGUAUGGUAGAUUGAAGAAGGUCCGUCUGACAAUGAAGCGCAUUUUAGGCGUCAUAACCCGUAGGGAGAUUCAUCAGCAAUGCAUUCAGGCUAAAAGUAUUCUUGCAGCUCAGGAGGAAAAGGAGAAACAUGAAACUCGUUUGUUCCAACUAAAAGAGCUACAAAAGGAUUUGUUACAUAAAGUAAAGAGAAUGGGUGCAACGGAAUCCCUAGCUAAGGUCGGUUGGCAAAACGAUCUUUGUGGUAUCGCAUCUGAAAUUGAAGAUUUAGAACUGAAGAUUGCACCUCUGCGAAAAGAGACAUUGCAGCUACGCACGCCUAACUGGCGCUAUGAACGCAAGUACUCAGAUUUACCUGGACGGAUUACUUGGGACAAAGACUACAUUCCAGCACUACGUAAAAACAUGAGAAGUAAAUCCAAGUUCUAUUAGCAUACACGAACUA